CGCUGAACUAGCCCGGGAGGCAUCCCGUCGCGAAACGCCCGGUUGAAAGGGGAGACCCGCUGCGGCGAGAGGCCCUCGAUGUCAAGGACGGCAUCCUCCUCCUGGUUCCUUUGCCUCAGUUCGGUUUAACGCAGAGAAAGAAUGCCGGUCACGAGCAUUCCUGAAAUCUGGGACUUAUUCUCGUUUUAUUACACGUCCGCAAAGCGUACAGGGAACUUUAGGUAUGUUGAGUCAGUGCAAGCGGGAAAACUAUUCGCAAAAUACCCGAUGUCCAAGAAUUCCUUUUCUGCUUUAUGUAGCACAGAUGUACAUUUAUCCUGUGUAUUUGGGGGGGGGGGGCAAGCUAAUGAAAUAGCCACAACCCCCCUCCGUCGCUUCUGGGGUUUCUGCAUCCAGCAGUCCUCACUCCUCUCCUUAUGCAGCAUAAUCCGCACUCGAGUGUGCAGGUAGCUCCAAACCCUCGAGACGGUGCUACCUCUCUCUACUCUCGGUCUUCAACCUCUGCGGCUCUGACUUUCCCACUCAGUGCGCUCGAAGCGCUCCCGGGCAUCGUCCCGGAGCCGCCUCGGAAGUAAAACCAGCGGAGAACAAGCUCCAUUCCUUUGGACCAACGAGAGGGAAGAGGCAGAAGGCCUUCCCGGAAGAAUGCCAUCCAAUGGGGAAGGCCGGAAGCGGUUUCGCCCAAUGGGAAAGCACCGGGGGUUGGCUUGGGGAGCCACGUGUAGGAAGCGUUCGCCGAAGAAGCUGAAGUUCCUGAGGAAGCAUGGCGGCUCCGGGUCCGAAGAGGAGUCGGCAGAGGCAGCGAGGCGUUUCUGCUUCGGCUGCGGCGGCUGGGCGCAAACGGCGAAAGGUUCCUGCUGGAGAAGAAAGAGCUUGGCAGAAAGCUGGCUCCAAGUUGAAUGAAGAGAUCUCUAGUGAUUCUGAACCAGAUAUCCCAGAAAAGAAAAAGAACAAUGAAGCAGAAGAAGAAAUUGAAGAGACGCCACAAGAGAAGAAACUGAGAUUAGCAAAGCUAUAUUUGGAGCAGCUUCGCCAACAAGAAGAAGAAAAGGCUGAACAAGAGGCUUUUGAGAAAGACCUGGUUGCUGGCCGACUGAAGGAAGAUGUGCUUGAACAGAAAGGAAAAUUGCAGCGAAAAAUUGCCAACAAUUUGCAGCCUCCAGACAGAUCUGACAUCAAGGUACUACGGGGUCACCAGCUGCCCAUCACCUGCCUAGUCAUCUCACCAGAUGACAAGUGUGUUUUCUCUGCAGCCAAAGACUGUUCUAUCAUCAAAUGGGAUGUUGAGAGUGGAAAGAAGCUCCAUGUGAUUCGUGGAGGGAAAAAGGGGACAGAGGGCAGCCACGUUGGGCAUACUGCGCACAUCAUCUCAAUGGCCAUCUCAUCGGAUGGCAAAUUCCUGGCUACAGGUGACAGGAACAAGCUCAUUAUGAUCUGGGAAGCUGCAACCUGCAAAUACCUGUAUAAGUUCUCAGGCCAUCGUGAUACCGUGUCGGGCCUGUCUUUCCGCAAGGGCACUCACCAGCUAUAUAGUGCCUCUCAUGACCGUUCAGUCAAAGUAUGGAACGUGGCAGAGAAUGCAUACGUUGAAACAUUGUUUGGUCAUCAGGAUGUGAUCACAGGCCUGGAUAGCCUGAGCCGGGAGUGCUGUGUCACAUCAGGAGGGAGAGAUGGCACUGUCAGAAUCUGGAAAAUCCCUGAGGAAUCCCAACUUGUGUUUUAUGGGCACCAGGGUUCAAUUGACUGCAUCCAGCUCAUCAAUGAAGAGCAUAUGGUGUCUGGUGCUGACGAUGGGUCAGUUGCCCUCUGGGGUCUCUCCAGAAAGAAACCACUAACCAUAGCGAAGCAAGCCCAUGGUUUUCAUGGCACGCAGGGCCUGGAGCAGCCAUUUUGGAUUUCUUCAGUUGCUGGUUUGCUGAACAGUGACGUCAUAGCUACAGGUUCCCACAGUGCCAGUUUGAAGUUGUGGAAAUGUGGAGAGGAAUUCCGGAAGUUGGAGUUCCUCUUUGAGAUUCCCUUGAUUGGUUUUGUUAAUAGCUUGAAAUUUGCAAAUUCUGGAAACUUCCUAGUUGCUGGAAUUGGACAGGAACACAGGUUGGGUCGUUGGUGGAGGAUUAAAGAGGCCAAGAAUAGCAUCUGCAUUAUCCCACUCAAGAAGACCACAGCAGGCAAUUCACAGAAAUCGGCUGAAGGCUCCUAAUGCUUUCUUUCUGCAAAUGAUACUGCAGAUGCUUCAUGAAGUACCCUGUACAUUAAAGCUAUCUUUUGUGUUUCCAGAA